UUUUUUUGUUUUUAAAUAUUUAGCUUUUACGCUUAUAUCAACCUCUGGCUUGAGCUUGUCAUUUGAUGCUUCAAAUUCGAUUAAUUGCAUCCAUACGAAAUUCUAUUGUGCUCCGCCUUAAUAUUUUGUAUGUAAUUUUCGGUCGUAUUAACGAGUAUUACCAGGACGCUGAUUGUUAAUGAAUUUGUGUAAACGUUGGUUGUGAUUGUUGCCUCUUUAACGUAUUAUGUUAUUUCCUCAGUAACUUCACCAUAUUUAGAGACGAUACAUAUGGUAUUUGUUAUAUGCUACACACAGAAAACACGAUAGCCGAAGUUGCUGGACCUAGCUUCGGAUUAGAGCUGUUACUGAAUGUCCGACAGAGUGAUUACGUCCCCUUUAUUUCGGAGUCUGCCGGAGUCCGAUUAGGAAUAAGCGAAGCAGGACAUUUUCCGGAUCUAUUCAAUCAUGGCAUAUCCUUGCCAACAGGAUUUUCUGUCAACAUAGGAGUUUCUACGACUGAACGCCGUCGAUACAACGGAACCAACGAUUGUGACAUUUCAAACCUCUUUUCGUCUUCUGUGGAAUGUAUCCAGUUUUGCCAAGCAGAAGUUUUGACAUAUCAAUGCGAGUGUAAUCACCAAUCAAUUACAAGCGGAAUGGAUGGAGUUGGCGAGACCUGUGAUUUUGCAGAUUUGGAAUGUCUAGAGACAGAACUAAAACGUGUGGAUUUACAAAGGUACUGUUCAAGCCAGUGCCAAGUACCAUGCAUAGAGCGGAGGUAUGUACCAUUGAUGUCUAUGACGCGCUGGCCAUCUGGGAAUUUCGAACCUGUGGUAGCAAGGUUAGCCAAUAGGAGCAAGAUGAACUAUAACAAGAUCAGUGAUGACAUUCUGAAAGUGAAAGUAUAUCUGCACUCCUUGACCAAGGAAGUAGUUGAAGAGGAGGUAGCAUACACUGAGCAGAAUUUUCUGAGCGACAUUGGAGGACAGUUAGGGCUGUGGGCAGGAUUCUCAGUUCUAAGUCUGUCUGAGAUAGUAGAACUCCUGUGUCUGAUCAUCAUGUCAUGUCGUCAGCGGAAUCAUAUAAAUGAGGAGCAUGGCCAGGACAGAGAAGAGAGUAGAGACAAUGAAAGUAAAAUUUAGCUGCAGUACAUUCUGUACCGUUCAGGGUUUAGAAGGACAUUUUAAUCAAUUUAAUAAUUACUACGAUUCUCAAUAUAUGAUAAAGCGAUUUAAUAAACCAUAUCGAUAUGAUUAAGAUGUUGUUCCUAUGGGGAAAUUGAUAUCUGAAUACAAAUUUAUGAACCUAAAAAGAUUCGAAAUAAAGCAGUUUGUUGAUCCUGAAUUCCCUUUCGUUCUAUUUCAACG